UACGGCUUGUGUCUGCAGCCACAUUAAGAAGAACUGGGGUCUAGCACUGGGCACGUUGCUCAGAACUGACCUGGACCGUUCAGCCGGCACUGAGAAGAUGCUCGUCCAUGCAGCGCCGGCGGCUACUUGACACCAGCCAAGAGCAAGUCACUCAAUACAGGUCUACGCCGUAUUGAACGACCCUGCCAUCGAUGUUUCAGUUCUUGAAUAUUGAGGUGCAGGGUUGAGCUAGCGGAUCCAUCUCAGCCGACGUGAGGUUCGGGCUAAGCUGGGACGGUGAGACUUUCAUUUGGAUGGUACUUUAUAUUGCGCCUUGGGCCUUUUUGUCUCAUGCAUCCCACUACUGUCCUUCAUUUUUCACUUCGUAGUUCAUAUUCACUUUUUUCGUGCAGCUGGUCUCUGUCCGUCUUCAAUUCAAAAUGUUUGGAAAAGUUGCUAUCUUGAGUGCGCUCGUCAGCGCCGUGUCUGCUGGCACGAUAGUUUGGGAUGGAAGGUUCAACGACAUGACCUCGAGUGCGGACCUCGAAAAGUGGUCAUUCUCCAACCCAGUCGGCGCCUAUCAGUACUACAUUCACGGCUCAGGCGCGGUUGACAAAUACGUCAACCUUGAUACUUCGUACAAGAAUCCCGCCGAUACUGGCUCAAAGCAGGGUGUCAAGAUCACCAUUGAUGAGACCGCCAAGUGGAAUGGCCAGACCAUGUUGAGGACUGAGCUUAUCCCUCAAACCACCGCCGCCAUCAACAAGGGCAAAGUUUACUACCACUUCUCGAUCAAGACCUCUGCCGACAAUGUCCCAACUUCGACCAACGAGCAUCAGAUCGCCUUCUUCGAGAGCCACUUCACUGAGCUGAAGUACGGCGGACAAGGCUCCAGCAACACUAACCUGCAGUGGCAUGUGGGUGGUGUAUCCAAAUGGGACGUUGAAUUGGUUGCAGAUGAAUGGCACAACGUUGCGUACGAGAUCGACUUCGACGCAGGCUCAGUCACUUUCUGGCACUCGACCGGCAGCAGCCCCUUGACAAAGACUGCUGGUCCUUUCACCGCGAGCACUUCGUCCAAUGGUGCUGACUGGCAUCUUGGUGUCCUCCGUCUGCCUGGAAGUAACGAUGGAACGGGGGCUGAGGAUUGGUUCUUCAGCGGCGUGUAUGUUGAGAGCGGCGAGCUCACAACGUCGGUCAAUAGCUCUGGAGGCUCUGGUGACGCAGAGGAGCCUGCUGCCUCUUCAACUGCUGCCGCUGCCUCUUCAACUGCUGCCGCUGCAUCUUCAACUGUUGUAGCUGCAUCUUCCACUGUUGUCGCCACUUCUUCUACUGCUGUCGCUGUCGCUUCCUCCACAGUUGCAGUUGUAGUCGAGACACCUGUGGCGUCCUCGACUGCUGCAGUCGUUGAGACCCCAGUUGCAUCGUCCACUGCCGUCACCUCUUCUGCCUCCAUCGCCUCCGUCACCCCUGUCGCCUCUUCCACUCUUGUUACAUCUUUCAUCCCUGCUGCCUCCUCCACUGCAUCUUCCACCGCAUCUCCCACCGCCUCCGCCGGAGCUGGCUCCGACUCAGGCUCUGACGCCGUUCUACCCGAAAAAUUCACAAUCAAGCAGUUUGUCGCUUGGCUUAAGUUGAACCAGGGCGCCAACUGAGCACUCGUCAUGUGCAAAAUCCAGGACAGCAUUCUUGUAGAUAGUUUACUUUGUUAGCAGUUGUCAAAUCUACCAAUCUUUCACGUCAAAUAAAAAGUUCGCGCUGAAUUACGUGAGAUCAACUCUGUGAAAGCUUGGAGUAGAGAUGGAGAGUAUUUGUCGACAAUGUGGGACGGUGGCGAGGAGGUUAGACAUUGGUCGCAUUGAACCUAGUCGCGUAAAGGCUGGCAGCCAUUCGUGAAGCCCAUCAUUAUUGUAGGUUUUUGUUGUCGGAUUCGUAUUGGGUUCAUGCCUUUGAAUUAUGCAGAAAAUAACCUUAUUUGUUUUUGAUCACACAAACAUACUACAAUUCAAACAAAAGCUUGGACAGUACACAAUUCUGAGCUACUCGAAUCGACAUUUAG